AUGGACGGACUGGCCGUGGAAGUGCGAGGCUCCAAUGGGGCCUUCUACAAGGGUUUUAUCAAAGAUGUCCACAGCGACUCCCUCACGAUUGUCUUUGAGAACAAUUGGCAGCCUGAGCGACAGUUGCCUUUCAGUGACGUGCGGUUGCCUCCCCCAGCAGACUACCACAAGGACAUUGGGGAAGGAGAUGAGGUGGAGGUCUACUCCAGAGCCAACGAGCAGGAGCCGUGCGGAUGGUGGCUGGCCCGCGUACGCAUGAUGAAGGGGGAGAACAAGAACAAAGAGAAGAAAUGUAACCAGUUCUACGUGAUCGAAUACGCCGCCUGCGACGCCACAUACAACGAAAUCGUCACGUCGGAGCGCAUCAGGCCCGUCAACCCCAACAGCCCGUCGUCAAAAACCUCCUUCCACAAGGUGCCCAUCCCAGUACCAGAAGACCUACGAGACAUCUGUGCGAACGACAGCAUCCACAAAGACUUCAGGAAAGCAAUCGGAGCCAACUGCAUCUUCUACAGCGCCCAGUCACAUGACCUCAUAGUCCUGUCAACAAACGAAACCACAGUAAAGCGUGCGACCCUCCUGAGCGACAUGCAUUUCCGCAGCAUCCGAACUAAACUCAUGUUAAUGUCCCGAAACGAAGAGGCCACUAAACACCUAGAGACCAGUAAGCAGCUGGCAUCGGCGUACCAGGAGGAGGUGAAGGUCAGGGAGGACCUGAUGGGACUCGCCAUCGGCUCCCACGGCGCCAACAUCCAGCAGGCCCGGAAGGUUCCCGGAGUCACUGCCAUCGAGCUGGAGGAGGAGAGCUGCACGUUCAGGAUCUACGGAGAGACACCAGAAGCAGUAAAACAAGCCAGAGAAUACCUUGAGUUCAAAGAAGACUUCUUUCAAGUUCCCAGAAACCUCGUUGGCAAAGUCAUCGGAAAAAACGGCAAAGUCAUCCAGGAGAUUGUGGACAAAUCCGGAGUGGUGCGUGUCAGGAUUGAGGGGGACAAUGACAAAAAGCUUCCCCGUGAGGAGGUAGGCAGCUUACAGGGCAUGGUUCCGUUCGUCUUUGUCGGCACCAAGGAAAACAUCAGCAACGCUCAGGCACUGUUGGAGUACCACGUGUCGUAUCUGCAGGAGGUGGAGCAGCUGCGUCUGGAGCGGCUGCAGAUCGACGAGCAGCUGAGACAGAUCGGAGUGGGCUACCGGGCUCCUCCCAGCGGCCGCAGCGGAGGACCAGGAGGAGACCGUGAGAAGGGCUACCUGACCGACGACAGCAGCAACUCCCUGCACACGUCCCGCACCUACGGAGGCCGAGGCCGCGGCCGCCGCCCCAAUAACAACCAGUACUCCGGAUACGGCACAAAUUCUGAGCAGUCCAAUGCGUCCGAGUCAGAGGAUGUGGACCGGGAGCAGCGUCCCCGAGGUCUCGGUGGUGAAGAGAGAGGCUCCAGACGAGGCGGCCGCGGCAGAGGAUCUGGCUCAGGGCGCGGCCGUGGAGGACCGGCUUCCAAACCAACCAACUCCAUCAGCUCAGUGCUGAGAGACCCUGACAGUAACCCGUACUCUCUGCUGGAGGGUGAGGGGGAGCUGGUUGACGGAGACGGAAGCGAAGGCACAGAGAGACGCCGCCGCUCCAGACGCCGCCGCACCGACCAGGACCCCAGCGUCAUGGAUGCAGCCGAGUCCGACGGCCAGGGCCCCAGCGAGAACGGCCUGGACGAAGAAGCCAGACCUCAGCGCCGCAACCGGAGCCGUCGCCGCCGCAACCGUGGUAACCGCCCUGAGGGAGGUUCAACCAGCCGCGAAAGACAGCCAGCUGAAGUGACAGUUGCAGACUACAUAUCUCGUGCCGAGUCCCAGAGCAGACAGAACCUGCCCCAGGAGAAGAACCACACUGGACCCGAGCUCAAGGAGAAUGGGACGAGCUCCAAGAAGGACGAGCGAACGCCUUCCAAGCGCUCCCCCAGCAAAGGCAUGAAGGCAGACUCCGACACGGGCCUGACUCUGGUCAACGGGGUCUCGUAA